CUCACUCACUCCCUCACUUCCAAAGAAAGCAAAUGGCUCUAACCCUAACACUAGGCCGAGCCCUCUCAAUCGCCACUCUCCGACGCCCAGCGGCGCUCUCCAGGCGCCUCCUCUCCACCAUCACCAGCCAGCCUCCCAUCCCCGCUCUCCUCUUCCACUCGCGCCGAGCCCUCGCCCCCGUACGAUGCGUUCCGUCCGCACCCCGGUUCACCCCGGUGCGUUGCCGCGUGAACCGGUCCGGCGGCUCGGCCUACUCGCCUCUCAACUCCGGGUCCAACUUCAGUGACCGGCCUCCAACCGAGAUGGCCCCGCUCUUCCCCGGCUGCGACUACGAGCACUGGCUCAUCGUCAUGGACAAGCCCGGCGGCGAUGGCGCCACCAAGCACCAGAUGAUCGACUGCUACAUUCAAACCCUAGCCAAAGUCCUCGGCAGUGAGGAGGAAGCGAAGAAGAAGAUUUACAAUGUUUCUUGUGAGAGGUAUUUUGGCUUUGGCUGUGAGAUUGACGAGGAGACCUCUAACAAGCUUGAAGGCUUGCCCGGAGUUUUGUUUGUGCUUCCAGAUUCUUAUGUGGAUCCUGAAUACAAAGACUAUGGGGCUGAACUGUUUGUGAAUGGGGAGAUUGUUCAAAGGUCCCCUGAGAGACAGAGGAGGGUGGAGCCACAGCCACAGAGAGCUCAAGACAGACCGAGAUACAAUGACAGAACUCGGUAUGUGCGUCGCAGAGAAAAUAUGAGGUGAAAAUGGAUUGUAAUGUGCUCAGUCAUCGCGGUGUGACAUUGAAUGGGAAGAUUAGCUGUGUAGAUAUCUUGGCAAAAAGGGAAUAGCUGAGCGUCUUUUAAAAAGUGUGGAUUUUGGGAACCUAUAUAAAUGUCAUGUCAUGCUUGGUCCCUGAAAGUCUCAAUCCAGGCUAGUUGAACUUUAACUUAUAGCAAUUGAUGUCGUGGUUCAGUCCAUUUUCUGGAUGCUGUGUGAUGACUGUUCUGAAGUUGUUCUCUCGUUAUAUGUAUACUUCCUUUUAUUGUGACAAUUUAAUAUUUUUAUUUAA